AUGGUGGAGCUCGUGCAGGGCCUGAACCGGCCGUUCGCGCCGCGUAUUUCUCCGCGACCGCCACCGCGAAGAGUCCAGCAGCCGAGGGCGACGGCGAACGGCUCCGGGGGCGCCAAGGCGUCGCCAACGGCCGAUAAACCGGAGCAGAAGCUCACGGCUAGUGAGCGUCUGAGACGGCUCCAGGAGCGGCGCAAGGCCAGCAUGGAGGAGCUGGAGCGCGUGAAAUCGUCCACAGCGUCCAAGGUGUCCAGCGUGACCAAGGCGUCCACUGUCACGCGCGCCCCAGGGCCGCCCCAGACCCCGAGCGGCGCCAUUGGAGGCCAGGCGGCCGCAGCAAGGCCCCGCCCAGCGGCCGGCGGGGUCGGUUUCCAAGGGCACCGCGGGGUGGACAUUCGCAUGUACGAGCAGGUCCAGCGGUCCCAGCAGCGCCUCAGCGAGCAGCUCUCCGACGCCAAGAGGUACGCGGUGUUCCUGGAGGAGGACGCGGAGGAGCGGAUGGCGGAGAUCACGAUGCAGUCGGAGCUGCUGAACGCGGCGUCGCAGGAGGUCAGCGCUCUGAUGCGGCUCGCGAAGCGCACGGCCGACGGCGCCGAGUUCGGGGUGGACCCGGAGGCCGCGGCGGAGGACAUGCGGAAGCUGAUGGCGCGUCUGGAGGAGACGGAGAAGAUCCUGAGAGAGACUGCCAAGAAGUCGGACAACUUCCGGCCGCGGCUGGUGCCCAUCACGUGGGUGGGCGUCGCGAACGACGUGAAGCUCAUGGGGGACUUCGACGAGUGGACGCGCGGCAUCGACUUGUCCGCGGAGGAGCUCGGCGACCAGGUGUUUAUGCGGUUCGCGGGAGAGGUCAUGCUGCGGCCGGGGGAGUACCAGGUCAAGUUCCUGGUGGACGACGAGUGGCGCAUCGCGCCGGAGUGGCCGACGGUGAUGGACGAGGAGGGCAACGAGAGCAACCUGCUCGUUGUGGACUGA